AUGGGUCACGGAGGAAACAACAUUAUUCCCAAUGUGCACUUUCGGAAGAUCAAUGGAUGCCAAGCCGGACGCAAGAACCGCGUGUUCGUGCGCACCUGGUUGGACCAGGCUGGUCGCAAGAAGCGUCGGUCCAACGCACGCAAGGCCAAGGCAGCCAAGGUGUUCCCCAGGCCGGCUGCUGGCCUGCUGCGGCCGGUUGUGCACCCUCCAACACAGCGCUACAACAUGAAGCUUCGCCUUGGCAAGGGCUUCACCCUUGACGAGCUCAAAGAGGCGAAGAUCCCAAAGAAGUACGCAAAGACCAUUGGCAUUGCCAUUGACCACCGCCGCAGAAAUCGCUGCACAGAGAGCCUCCAGGCCAACGUAGAGCGCCUGAAGCUUUACAUGUCCAAGCUCCUCCUCUUCCCAAAGAAGGCAGGUGCCAAGAAGGUGCGAAAGGGCGACACGCCCCGCUCGGAGCUUCAGAAUGUGGCGCAGAACACGCUCAAGGAGAUCAUCCCUGUGCCCAAGCCGGAGAAGCGCACCCGUGCCCGUGCCAUCACUGCCGAGGAGAAGGAGGCAUCGGCAUACAAGCAGCUCAAGAAGGCGCGGACCAACAAGCACUAUCUGGGCGAGCGCAUGAAGAAGGCUAAGGAUGCGGCGGCCAAGGAGACCUAG